AUGUUGGGAUUUGCUGCACUCGCCACUUUGUUCACAUUCGCUGUAGCCCAGCAUCAUCACCAUGGCAUCAUCCAACACGGUAAUACUUAUGAUCAUCCGGAGCAGGGUGAUGUCAGAUUCUUUUACGAUUCUGGCACGAACUACCUCAUUUCAUCUACUCAUUCGACCUGUUACUUUAUGGCCUUAGACGCCUCUCAGCAGAGCGAUGUACACUCCUCCGUCGGUAUGGAGAAACUGGAGAUUCAAAUGAUGACAAUGAUUUCCGGUGGCGAAGACGAAUUGACCAACGACCAGAUUGACCAACACUCGCACCUGUUUGAUAUGGCUUGUCAUAACCACAAACUAUUCUUGGUUGGAUCUCCGAAGAGUACGACUCCUGCAAUGUCCCCAGAAAACUAG